AUGUUGGGCGACGCCGCCCCUCAGGGAGCGCCAAAUCGCGACGAGGUAGCGGUUUCCGUCCGUCUCCUUGCUCCCUUGUCAAACCUAUUCCCGCCGCUGACCCAGCCCUGGCCCAGGAUCGACGCCCCCCUCCGGCUCCGUCGAGCCAUCCACGCCGGCGAUGCCCUCCUCGUGCAGCGAAUCCUCAAGUCCCACCCGCACCUACUGCACAACCCCGACCUGAUGCUGCCCAACUCGCCCGGCACCGCGACGGGCAACUCGAACCUGCACCUGGCCGCCCACCUAGGCCACGCCGACAUCGCCUCGCUCCUCCUCUCGCUCGGCCACGAGGACCCCGACCCCGCCGUCAACGAGUUGCACCAGACGGCGCUCAUGCUCGCCGCCGAGGCCGGCCACACCGAGGUGGUGCACCUGCUGUGCGAGGCAGACGCGGCCGUGAUCCUGCGCCGCGACAGCCGCGGCCGCGACGCCAUCAUGGAGGCCAGCCUGGGCGGUCACGACACGGCGCUGCAGAUACUGCUGACGUACGUCCCCGGCGGGGCCGCCGAGGCGGUGCAGAAGGUGGACAUGGACGGCAACACGGCGCUGCACCUGGCCAGCAGCGGUGGAAACCUCCUGGUCCUGCGCACCCUGCUGGCCGCCGGCGCCGACGCCGAGCGCCGCAACGCCUGGAACUGGACCGCCCUGUCGUACAGCGCCACGGUCCAGGCCGAGACGUACCUCAAGACGCUGGUGGCCGAGAUCGAGCGGCGCCGCGCCGCCAAGAGGGACGCCGAUGCUGCCUCCGAGUCGCGCGUCAGCAUGGAGAGCAGGAGCAGCGCGCUGCGGGCGCUGGGCGACGAUGAUGGGACCAACGACUGA